AUGUCGAGAAACACAAACAUCGUGGUGGUUAAGAUGAAAGAAAAAUUGUCGUUCUAUACAGAAGAAAUAAAAAAUAGCGAUGCACUUCGAAUAACCUUUGCUUUAUAUAAAAAGUUUGAGUCGAAUAAUACAGUAAAUCCAUCUAGGUCGAUCAAAACUAAAAAACCGAAAAUACUUCCACAUGAAUGUCAAAUAUGUGGUGUUCCUGCUGAAUAUUCUCAUUUUGGUGCUGUUUCAUGUCAUCCAUGUAAAAUGUUCUUUAAACGAAAUGCCAAUACUGAACAGGCAGCAUGUACAUGUCAUUUUGAUGGUCAAUGUGAAAUUAAUUUAAAUAAUCGUCAUAUAUGUCCAGCAUGUCGACUUGCUAAAUGUUUUAAAUGUGGAAUGAGUAUUGACAAAAUUCAAGCAUCAAGACAGACUAAACCAAAAACAAACACUUUAAUAAAAAAAAAAGUACAACAUCAACCAGAGACGGUAAAAUUAUUAAAUUAA